AGCCUGAAUCUGAUUUUGGAUCUUCAUACUCAGGAACUUGUUGCUGAAUUGGGUGUUUAGAAGCUAACUUGUCAACAGUAGCUUGUGUAGCUGGAGCUAGACCUUUGCUGCAUAGAAUUCUAGCUGCACGAGACAACUCACCACAACAUAUGAGACGAAGAGCAGAAUUUCUUUGAUGGUUUUUUGGCGUUUUAGAUUCAUUUCUUGAUCUAGGAGCGUUCAACUGCAGUAGUUCUUCUCAAUGAUACUCCAGAAAUUUUGACACAAAUUGCGAAUUUCCUGACAUCCUGCUCUCCCACCACGCUUAGGAGGGGUAAGAACCAUCCUUGGAACAAGCAUCAAAAGCUUCCAUGCUACAGCAUCAGAUGAAUCAGAAGCAAUUCUCUCAAGAGGAAUACCACAACUCUUAUGAAAAACUGAGACUGCAAUGUUGGGAACUCGAGACACAGUACAAGGUACUGUAGAAGAAAGAAUGUUAUUGACCGUCAAACUUUCAAUGAGAGACCAUGCUCUGGCAUCCAAGGGCUCUGAAAGUGUACCGAGUGCCCGAGACAGCAACUCUUUUGCUUGGAGGAGGAGUAAGAUUUGAUGAGCUCAACGAACAUACAAUUGCAGACUUUCAAGAGAACUUGCUGAAGACACUGUUGCAAAUUGAGCAAGUCUACUUUGAUUUAUCCCAAAAUUGUCCAAAGCCCUGUCUUAUCAUCUGUGACCGAGGAGCCAUGGACCCAUCAGCAUUCAUUGAUGCUGGUACUUGGGACAGAAUUCUUGCAAAGAUUGGUAAGAACAAUGUGCAGCUGAGAGACAGCAGAUAUGAUCAGAUCAUUCACCUGGUAACGGCUGCUAUUGGAGCUGAAGAAUUCUACUCACUAGAGAAUAAUGCUGCACGAACUGAAGGUUUGGAGUUAGCCCGUAAGCUAGAUGCAAAAGCUGGUCGGGCAUGGCUCGGACAUCCUUACUAUGAUGUCAUUGAUAACUCUUCUGAUUUUGAGGAAAAGUGCAGACGCUGUUUAUCGGCUGUAAGCGCCAGACUUGGAAUUGACAUAGGUGACCGGCUCAUGCCUCAAAGUAAAAGAUUGAAAUUCUUGGUGAGAGCUUUGCCAUCAAACGAGAAAUUUGGAGAGUUUCAAGAUUUCGACGUCAUCCAAAAUUAUCUGAAGUCACCAGAUGACAACAUCCAAGAACGUCUGAGGAAAAGAGGACAAAACAUCCAUCUUGUAGGCCACUACACCUACAUGGUAUCCAGAAGAACAAGCCUCAGCGAUGGAUCUGUUCUGGAAACAAGAAGACAGAUAAACGACAGAGAAUAUCAGGAUCUGUUAUUACAGGCAGACAGGACACGAUUUACUGCCUAUAAACUGAGGCGCUGUUUCAUUUGGAAUCAUCAGUAUUUUCAAAUGGACGUAUAUCAAGAACCUUGCCACGAGAGGUGCAGAGGUCUAAUAUUAAUGGAGACCUACAGUGCAAAAGAAAGCAAUGCUCGUAGUCUUCCACCAUUUGUUGAUGUAGUGAAAGAUGUCACUGACGACGUUUGCUAUUCGAUGUACAACUUGACUCUCAUGUAGAAUGUCUGCUAGUUCAAUAGUCAAGUCAAAGGGUAUGGCAAUUUUACCAUGUUAUACAUGUAUACGUCCAAUAUCAUCUGGUGCUGAUUGUUGUGCUCUCAUGUGUCUCACAACUAGCAAAGACUAGCAAUGUUACAUAGACUGUGCAUUUUAAUAAAAAUAUAAAGACUAGCAAAUUGUACAGACAUUGACAGUCCCUCUGGGUCUCGCUAAGGCUCUAUCUUUAGAUAUAUGUUUUGUCUUAAUAAACUUUGUUUUACUGAACUUUUAU